GUGGGGUUCGGGAUCGCGGAGCUGCAGGUCAAGCGCUGUGCUCUGCAGCUCGCCAGCGCCCUGGAGUUCAUGGGGGCCAAGGGGCUGGUUCACCGCGAUGUCAAGCCUGAGAACGUGCUGCUGCUCGACCUUGAGUGCCGGCGUGUCAAGCUGACCGACUUCGGGCUGAGCUGCCCGCAGGGCACUGCCAUCGAGGCCCUGCCUGAGAACUUGCCCUACACAGCACCCGAGCUGUGCCGCCUGGGGCCCUCGGCCCGCCUGCCGGCCCAGCCCAGCCUGGACGCCUGGGCGCUGGGUGUGCUGCUCUUCUGCGUGCUGACCGGCUUCUUCCCCUGGCACACGGCCGCCGACCGGCACUACCGGGACUUUGAGCGCUGGCAUCGCAGCCCCCGCGUCCGCCCGCGCCCACCCCACUGGGGGCGCUUCACCUACGAGGCCCGGGAGAUGCUGCGAGGGCUGCUGGACCCCGACCCCAUCCGGCGGAGCCCAGCCAGCGUUGCCAUGGCCCACGUCAAGUGCCCCUGGCUGGAGCCCCAGGAGCCGGGCGCUGCCCGUGCAGACAGGACUCUGCUGGGGAGCAGCCAUUGCCGCUGAGCCCCAGCCCCGUGGGCACUGCCGCCAGGCACA